AUGGCUAACACGGACAACGCUGAGCAUACUAGCACCCCGCAAACGCCGCAUGGCCUCAAGGCCGACCCUGAACAGGCCGGUGCGCAGAUUCAUGGCGACAAGCUGGAUGACGCGAUCAAAUUGGCAGACACUACUCCCCUAGAUGAUCGAGAAACACCUUUAGUCCCAUCGAGUGUGCUGAUCGCGCGGUGA